GUUCCGAAGGGCAGUCGGACAUGUUAUUCUUGUUUGUUUUAACAGCAUUCUUAAAACUACACGGAACAAUUGCAUUUGAAAUUUUCAUCAAUGAAAACAGAAGCGGAUUACUUGGAAGCAAUGAUACUUCAUUGGAAUGUUCAUUCAAUAAAGCGGAAGGAGAAGACAUUCUUUCCUUAUUUUUCUUGUACAAAAAUAAAACCUCACAUUCUUACGAAGAUAUAGUUGUAUUUACAUCAUCAGCAGUACCAAGAUUGACUGCUAAAGGUAAUUAUUUAUCGGAAAGAAUUGAUUUACCAAAACAUACGUUAUCGUCAUCACCAGCAGCAAUUACCUUUUCCGAUCUACAAUGUCAAGACAAUGCACGUUAUAAAUGUAGAAUUACAUAUCAAAUUAGGAGGACUUUCGAAAAAUAUACUGUAGAAUCAUACGCAACACAGAUAAAUGUACAAGUUUUGCCUCUCAAACCUCAACUAACCACAUUUUUCAACGCAUCAACAACACCAACCCAACGAGCUGCUACUAGAAAAUCAACGAGGUCUACAAAUUCGCCACUUAAUAUAAAGGAAGGAGACAUUGUUACAUUUGUUUGUAAUGGGAUUGUCGGAAACCCACCAGCAAGCUUUAUUUUCCAAAAGUUCCGUCAAGGACAUAUCUUAGCUGAUAUCUAUGCAAACACAACAAUGCAACUUAAUCCAAUUGAUGACAUGUGCUAUUUCAAUGGUAAAAGUGUUCUUACGAUUCAGGUAAUGAGUGAAGACAAUCAAGCAAUCAUACGUUGCAUUGCUAAUUCCGAUUUGACAGAGAAAAGUAUUUAUACAGACUCCCCCACAAUAAAAGUUUUCUCUGAAAAACUAACAACACCAUCAAUUUGCACAGGCAGUUGUCCUGGAUCGAACGAAAAUGCAGAAAAUUCAAAUACAAACAAAGUUGACCUCAUAGUGACAGGUGUGAUGAUUGCUAUUGGUCUUAUUGGUAUCAUAGUUAGUGUAGCGGUAUGGAAAUACAGACAAUGGAAGUUUGGUUUUCUUUCCUGUUGUUGUUCCCGGCCUGCCUCUACAUCGGCAACAACGCCCGGCCUGCCUUUACAUCGGCAGCAAUGCCAUACACCACCAAAGGCAUUGUUCUAAGCUAGUUCCCCCCGAACAUGUAAAAAUCAGAACCAGCUCUCACAGAUGUAGUUCGUCUGUUGAGAGUCUGAGGGAAAAGAACAGUAAACAGACCAUGCUACAUUACGCAGAUAUCAACCAACUUCUUUUUACAAUAAAUGGUGGUUCAUUCAUUUGACACAAUAAUUGGUGGAUUCAUUUGAUACAAUAAUUCGGAUUCUCUUAUUACAAUAAUUGGUGGAGGCCCGUUUAUAAAUGUUGGACGACUUUUAAAA